AUGGAGGCUCUAACCCCUGGUGACAUUGGGCUGAUCCAACUCUGGCCUAAAUCCGAUGUCGCCGUCCAAACCGUCCUUGAUAUAGUCGCCAUCCACGGACUUGGUGGCCACCCAAUAAAGACAUGGAGAAGCGGUAAAAGUGUCUGGCUCCGUGACUUUCUUCCCUCCACCAUCCCGGAAGUUCGCAUAUUUACCUUCGGCUACUCAUCCAAGACCACCUUUGCCAAGACGGUUUCUGAGAUCGGUGAUUUUGCAAGAGAGCUACUAGAGCGUCUUCUCGCUGCACGAAGAAACCUCCCUGAUCACAGCUUAUGCCUAGCUCAUGAUCAUGAGUCAAGAUACGGGAGCCUCCUGGCUCAAAUCAAGUCGGUCAUAUUUCUCGGAACCCCCCAUCGAGGAUCAGAUAUAGCCACUUGGGCGAAGAUGCUGGGGAAAAUUUCCAACCUCUUCGUUUCAGAUUCUGUCCGCAUUGGCUUGAUUAAAGAUCUGGAACCCCAGUCGCAAGUUCUUAAAGAUAUUGAGGACCAGUUUCUCCAAAGAACCAUCGGUCUCCGAAUUUUCACAUUCUACGAAAGAGUCAAGACGAAGCACAUCAAGUCUCUAGUUGUUGAGUCGGAUUCUGCAAUCCUCCGGCUUCCAAACGAAGUUCCGCUGCCUUUAGAGGCUGACCAUCGCAACAUAUGCAAGUUUCUAACAUCAAGUGAUCCUGGGUACACGCUGGUCCUAAGCUGCCUGGAAGAGCUGAUUGAUCAGUGUACAUCCGAACAAUCCGCCCCACAGAACUCUUCGGCAGUGAAUUAUACGAAAUUUCUCCAAGAUCUGAAUCCGAAAAAUGGAGCUUUUGACCCCGUGAUGAAGUACCAUGCUACCCCUGAUGCCGCCCCAGGGACUUGCGAUUGGAUCAAGCAGGAUACUACAUUCCUCAACUGGUUUGAUGCCCGCACAAGCUCUUGGCUUUGGGUUCAUGGUUCCCCGGGCUCAGGCAAAUCGGUUCUAGUCAAAUAUGUCAUCGAUCUCUUGCGGCAACGACCGGAAAAAGAACAAGCCACCGAUGUUUCAGAUGUUGUUUCCUACAUAUUCUGUGAUGGGAAAGUAACUCUAGACGAGACUGCUUCUUGUCUUGUUCUGAGAUCUAUCCUGUCCCAGAUUCUCCAGGCACAAGCGGGUCUGAUCAGACAUCUGGAAAACAAGAUGAACAACGUUGAUAUCGUCAAACUAACGAGUCAGGAGUUGGCAUCAAAUAUAUCCGAUAUUAUGCUAUGGGCAAGCAACACUCGGUUUUGGUUGAUUGUUGAUGCCGUCGACGAGCUUCCCGUAACCGCAGCAGAGGAUUUAUUGGAUGCCAUCCGGAGCAUAUCUGUCAAUGACAUUAGCAGACGCAUCCAUAUUCUCAUUUCCAACCGAUCGGGUAUUGCCUCACAGUUUUCCCAAAUAGCGAAUCCUUUAUGUCUCGACUCAGAAAAGAUGCAUGAGAUUGUGCAACAUUACAUUGAACAAAAAGUCACGCAGUUCGGGCGAGAGAAUUCUAUCCCUCCACACGUGUUGCUUGAAAUACAAGCAGGUAUAACAGCCCGUUCUAACACCAACUUUCUCAUUGCCUCUCUGAGUUGGACCGCCUUCUAUGAGGGGAUAUCACUUUGGAGCCCAUCUACGGUGAAGGCCAGGCUACGGGAACUCGAUGAACUCAAAUUCAACCUUGGACACCUAUAUGCGAGUCUUCUCGCCAACGUGCCCGGGGAUUUCCGGCCAGUUUUGAAGAAAAUAUUCAUGCUCCUCACUGUUGCUCGAAGGCCGCUAUCUGUCAACGACAUUCAUUUUGCCGUCUCCAUUAGUGAAGAGCAUCGGUCUUACGAACACGUCCAGAGCAACUUUGGUUUCAAUUUCGAGCGGGUUCUACGAAGAUUCUGCACGCCUUUCUUAUCGGUUGAUUCAGUAGGCUCUGUGCAGUUCCGACAUCAUUCUUUCCGAGAGUUUUUGACUCAGAAGAGGGUGGAUACUAUGGAUGAAGAGCUUAGAAGGCAAUUUCGCUCCUCUAUUCUGGGCUGCGAGUAUUUUGCGAAUUGGGUCUGCUUUAAAGUUCUCACCUUCACGGACUGGAAGGAUUACGACGGCGAGAUCGUAGAUUUCAAGCAAGACCAGAACAGCGCAACUGUUCGUCAGGACGGCCAAUUUCUCUCCGCCGAUAUACCAGAACUGCCUCUGUUGCUAUACGCCAUUGAAAAUUUUAACAGCCAUUUAGAAAAGGUCCAGGAUGAGCCUGAAGUCAUUCAAUCCGCGGCCAGUUUCUUUAUGGAAGAGAAAGUCAAGGUUUUCUACCAACUCUAUUCUAAACUCGAACUUGAAUUUCGAAAUCAUGGACUUCGUCUACAGCCGGACCUGGAGAUCAACUGCCCCCCAAUGCAUCUUCUGAUCCAGUUAGGAGAUUUCCUGGAAAUAUUCAAGGCCAUCAAGGGGGAUUUGAACAAGCUCGAUGAAUCAGGGUACUCUCCGCUGGCCUGGGCGGUCAGUAAAAAUCGAUCUAAGCUCAUGAAGUUCCUACUUCUCAAUCACAGAGUCGAUCCAAACAUUGGCCUCGCCAAUAGGUACAAGCCACUCCACCUCUCAAUACAAGAUACGAAGGCGUUUCUACUACUCAUUUCAUCCCCAAAGGUAGACAUUAAUUGCAAAGGGAUUAGAGGCCGUACAGUGCUGCACAAUAUCAUUUCUCGCGGCCAAGCACUUGCGCAUUUACUCCCUCCCCUGCUGGAAAGGGAAGACCUUGAUACAAAUGCUCUGGAUGGCGAUGGGGUAUCACCUUUGAUAUUUGCCCUUAGCAGAGGAGAUGGGUAUCAGGCUGUAAUGCAGCUUCUGAAGCGUAGCCUGGGGGAGAAACUUGAUGUCUCUGCGACUGACGGCAACGGAACAAACGCUCUAGCCCUCGCCAGUCUUCAGGGCUGGACGGAGGUGCGCAAAAUUUAG